AAAAAGCUUUCCGCUUUCUUUCAUUCCAUACUCUUCUAGAUCCUCCAUACGGACCACUAUCCCGCCGGUGAACUAAUACUUACUUCAAUUUACUAGAAGCUGUCUCCUUGGGCGUUCGGGGAGGCAGGUUAGCACCGAAGUAAUGGACAGUCAACAGAAAAAGUGUGAGCUUGGCCCAUGGAAUGUCAGCACCACACAGGGACCUAUUUUGAAGUCCAGUUGUCCAUUGCAGGAGAACUCCACGCACGAAGGUGACAAAUGUGCAGAAUGCUGCUUUGCCAAAUUGAACUACCCUUUGCCUGAGAUGGUGUUUGGGGAGAACUGCCUGAGGAUUGCGCACCAGGCGGGAUUUGCUUUGGAGUUCAGAGCUCUGGAUGCUCUGAAGCUGGUAGACGAUAAGAAAGAAUGGAUGCAUGUUCCAGUGGCUGAUCAGUGGCAGAAGGAACGCCAGGGUGUCACAGGCGUUGAUAAGUGUUCCAACCCAUACGACUGGACUUACAGCACACCAUACAGAGGAAGCCUAGUGGGUGACGUCACGGUCUCAACAACAGAAGAAAGAAUAAACUUGGACAAGCUUCGUGAACGGGAGAAAAUCCUCUUCUUCGAUGAGAUACUUCUGUUCGAAGAUGAGCUAGGUGACAAUGGCGGCGCGCAACUGGAGGUUAAAGUGCGCUGUAUGCCCAGCGGUUUCUUCGUACUGCAGCGCUUUUUCUUGCGAGUCGACGGCAGUAUUGUGCGUCUUCACGACACUCGAUUAUACCAUGGUGCGGGAACGGACUAUGCCAUCCGGGAAUACCUGGUGAAGGAAAAGAAAAUCAGUGAACUACCGGGACUGGAGGCGCAUGAACUCCGGGACCCCGAUUUCCUGUCAGGCAAAAUGAAGGAGGUCGAGCUGGUAUGUGAGCGCCUUCAAUUCCCAUCUGCAUCUUAGUGGGAGCGGCUACUUACGUCUGUGAUUCAUGGGAAGCAUCCUAUCUGUGGUAAAAACUUGAGAACGGGGUCACUGUGAGAUUUGUGUAAAUCAAGCGUUGGGUGCAUGGAAUAAGCAGUAGCCAGAUAUCCAGCCGUGUGUAUUCUCUGUGCCGGUGCUGAGUUUCAAGCAGGUCGGCUCUGCCUCUAGCCUGUUCCGAAUGGCUUGUCUAUGCUUGGACAGUACCUCACACCCAUGUAUUUGUAUGGCCCGGCACAGCAGUAAGGACUGGGCGACUGCUCCUGCCUGUACCAGCAAUAGUAAGACUACCCCUGUGGCUGCUACUCUGCCAGACGCAGCACCGACCAGCCAACGCUACAGUGCAUCGGCUUUCGAUGGCCUCCGUGCUUCAGGCACAGCAUUGUGCAGCCAUGCACAUUUACUUUUCCUAUAACAUCAAUUCACCAUCAUCAGCUCUAGACUUGUUCAGCAUUGCCUUACAUCACUGGUAAGGGACGGGGAGAGAGAGAGAGGGCAAUGGUGUUCUAAUGCUCUUCUUUUUAAAAUUACAAAAGUACGUUUCUGAAAUGAAAGUUGAUUGCUACAAAAGGUUUCAGAAAGUUCCAUCUUCGCUUCCCCCCCCCCCCCCCCCUUUAUUAGGGAUGAACCUUUGUUUAUAAUUCUGCUGAGCAUUCUUAGCAAUGUGUAUCCUGAUGAUACCCAUCACAGGCAAACGCAUCGCAGCAGGCAAGCCAGCUCAGUCAAGAAUAUGGAUGAUCUGCUUUGGCAACUUCUCGUGAGACAAUGCUGCCCAAUCUUGUAAAUGUACAUGGCAUAGUUUAGACUUGUUUUCUCUUUCAGAAAUUGAUCAGAUUAAUCAUUUGGAAAGAAUUGCUAGUACCGCUACAGAA